AUAAACGAGACAAAGACUGCAACUUCUUCUUAGCUCUCCAUGGCCAUGGCCGGCGCUUUUUUUUUCUCCGCUGAUUUAUCGCCGCUAUUUCGCCGAGACAUGAUGUCAGCGUCCGGCAAAACAAAGCGGAGUCCGAUUUUGAAGCGUCUAGCUGCGUCCACGGAGCAGAGACCAAGUCCAACGACUGUGAGAACGAAAACGGCGAGGGAGAGGAGCAGCAGCUUUGUGGAGAAGAAGAGUAGUAGUGAAGAAGUUGAGAGGAUUCGCGGAGUCAACGUGGAGGAUGAACCGGAACGUAACAGAAAGAGUUUUAAAGACUACUUUGAAGAAGCAAAAGAUAUGAUCAGAUCAGACGGUGGUCCGCCUCGCUGGUUCUCUCCAUUAGAGUGCGGGUCCCACGCUCCUGAUUCUCCUCUCCUUCUAUAUUUGUCAGGAAUGGAUGGAGUUGGAGUUGGACUUGUAACGCAGCAUCAAAGACUUGGACAGAUUUUUGACAUAUGGUGCUUGCAUAUUCCUGUCAAGGAUCGAACAUCAUUUACAGGCCUAGUGAAGCUGGUAGAAAGAACUGUCAGAUCAGAGAAUUAUCUUUUGCCAAAUAGACCAAUAUAUCUUGUUGGAGAAUCUCUUGGAGCAUGCCUUGCACUAGCUGUUGCAGCCAGGAAUCCUGAUAUCGACCUUGUACUAAUUUUGGCUAACCCAGCUACAUCUUUUAGCAAGUCCCAGUUCCAACCGUUAAUACCUUUAUUGGAGCUUAUGCCACAUCAAGUCCCUCUUAUUCUUCUGUCAGUGCUGUCUUUAAUGGAAGGUGACCCUUUGAGGAUGGCUGUGGAUAAUCUGAUAAAGGGACUUCCUUUGCAAACAAAAAUUGGAGAUCAGUCACGGGAUCCUUUUACAGUAUCAUCUUACCUCCCUGUUAUUAAUGAUAUGAUGCCUAAAGAAACUCUCCGUUGGAAGCUAGAAAUGCUAAAAUCAGCAUCUGCAUAUGCCAAUUCCCGCCUGCAUGCUGUGAAAGCUCAAACACUGAUACUCUCCAGUGGGAGAGAUCAGCUUUUGCCAAGUCGAGAGGAAGGUGAAAGACUUCGUCUUGCACUAUCACAUUGUCAGAUUCGUAGGUUCAAUGACAGUCGUCAUGCUCUUUUCCUGGAAGAUGAUUUUGACUUGGUAACUGUCAUCAAAGGGGCUGGUUUCUAUCGCUGUGGAAAGUACCUUGACUAUAUUUCAGAUUUUAUACCACCAACCCCUUCUGAAUUCAAAAAGACAUUCGAAUCAGACAGGUGGAUAUAUGUUGCUACUGCACCUGUGAUGCUCUCAACUUUAGAGGAUGGGAAGAUUGUGAAAGGCCUUGCUGGGAUUCCUUCUGAGGGACCAGUCUUAUUCGUUGGCUAUCACAUGUUACUAGGACUUGAAUUGACUCCCCUGGUUUCACAAUUUAUGAUUGAAAGAAAUAUUGUUCUGCGAGGAAUAGCACAUCCAAUGAUGUUUAAGAAAUUGAAAGAUGGAAAGUUACCUGAGUUGUCCCAAUAUGACAAGAUUAGAAUAAUGGGCGCAGUUCCUGUCUCAGGAACCAAUUUCUUCAAACUUCUAUCUUCGAAGUCUCAUGUCCUACUUUAUCCUGGAGGCAUGCGUGAGGCUCUUCAUAGGAAGGGAGAAGAAUACAAGUUAUUUUGGCCAGAACAGUCAGAGUUUGUCAGGAUGGCAGCUAGGUUUGGGGCCAAAAUCGUACCUUUUGGUGCUGUUGGAGAAGAUGAUAUUGGUCAAGUAGUUUUUGAUUAUGAUGACCUUAUGAAGAUUCCUUACUUUAGGAAUGAAAUAAAUGAACUGACUAGUGAGGCUGUACACUUGAGGACUGAUGCGAGUGGUGAGGUAGCAAACCAAGAUGUUCAUCUUCCAGGAAUUCUACCUAAAGUUCCAGGCCGGUUUUAUUAUUACUUUGGAAAACCAAUUGAAACAGCAGGGAGGAAACAAGAAUUAAGAGACAGGAAGAAAUGUCAUGAGUUGUAUUUGGAAGUGAAGUCUGAGGUUGAGAAAUGCAUUUCUUACUUGAAGGAGAAGAGAGAAAGUGAUCCUUACCGGAAUUUAUUGCCUCGGCUAAUUUACCAGGCCACACAUGGCUUUACAUCUGAAGUUCCGACCUUUGAACCUUGAAUUUUUCCUGCACUUCAAAAGUCAAAAUUCCAUCUGCAUUCACAGAUGAACUCUGGAACUUUCCCUGCGAUAAAGGGGCAUCAUUUAUGGCAAAAAUUCUUGCAGAGUAUUUACUUUAUUUUUAUCUGGACUAGAGGAAGAGUUCAGGAAUUCAGAUUCCUUCUUAGAUUGUAUUGAAUAAAAUUAAAAAGGUGGUUGAUCCUUUGAUAGUUCAAGCGAUUGUUGAAAUUUGGGGGCUAUUUAUCAAACUCAGAGAUAAUGCAAUAUACAACAGAAGCUGGAAUAGUGACCAUUGUCGGAGAUUUGUAAGACUAUUAUUAGGUAAAAUGUUUCAUUGUUCACGUGCA